AAAAUCGCAGUAGGUACUAGUAGUCCGUUAUCAUAAGAACACCGCGGCUUUCUAAAAUUAAAAAUACGUUUGGAACAUUAUUGGACCGAUUAUUCAGUUAUUAGAAUAUCAAUCAAUUGAAAAACAACAUGUUUAUAGAGGAUAAAAUUAAGAACACAAUCACAGUAUCGCCAUGUAACCGUGACAUCCACGUGACGUGCCUCGAACCAAGGCAAUCUGUAAAAAAAUCUUUCUCUAUUAAGAUGGUUAAACGUGUAACAACAUUCGAGUGGUUGCCGGAGAGAAGAAAAUGCCAAGAGUUUACGAUAAUGUUAUUUUCCAUAACAAUAUGGUGUUCUAUGCUCAUAGCAUGUUUGGUGAAAGCCAUAGAAUUUUUCGUUGAAGCAAAGGAUGAAAAUUCAUUUUCCAACGGGCUAGUCAUGUCCACAAUCGCAAUUAUAAUGGCUGUCAUAUUGUGGUUUUGGAUCAUAAUUUUUUCAUCGAUAUGGAAGCGUAUGAACAUGGUAAUACACAUGCACAAGAACAAGAACUAUUUGAAAAUAGCCGAUGAUAUCAACACUGCAUUUGCUGUUUGAUAAGACUGGCAAAUUAACAUUUUAUAAUAUUAAGAUUAAUUGCUAUCUAAAAUUGUUUAUUUUUGUCUAAUGAUAGUUAAA